GCCACCAGCAGCGACCAUGGCCCUCAGUGCCAAAGCCGAGAUCCGCCAGCAGCUCAACCUCAAGAACCUGCAACGCCACGACCCGCUCAUCGACCGCAUCGUCACCUCGACCAGCCAUGCCAGCUUGUACGACAACAAGGGCGACGGCUGGGUCAAGACUGGCGUCGAGGGUCCCAUGUUCCUCUUUGCCCGCUCGACCGCCCCGCACUACGGCUUCUUCGUCCUGAACCGCAAUGGCCUCGAAUACGUCCAGGAGUUUCUCACCCCGCAGUGCGAGGUCGAGGUCGGCGGCGAGUUCAUCCUGUACGAGCAGAGCGCCGACGCCGGUGAGUCGAGUCCGCCAGCUCGUCGAGCGACUGCAUCUCGCCUCGAGCGGUCCUGCACACGACCGUCCCGGCGAUCCAUGCUCUUGAUCGAGACCUGACACGCUCUUCUGCAGACUGCGCGACGGGCAUCUGGGUCUCGGAGGAGAAGGAGCGGGUGCAGCUGAGCGAGCAAAUGAGGCUCCUUCGGUCCAAGGCAGCCGCCGCCGCCGCCGCCUCGGCGCACUCGCCCGCGCCGGCCGCAUCCACCCUUCCCGUCGGCCAGUCCAUCUCGCUCGACAUGCUCUUCAGCGCCGCCUCCCCGACACCUCUUC